CACCCGCCUCGCCCAAUUCCAAUCUGAUUCCAAGCCCUGAAGCUACCUUCGCUUUACCAUGGUCGCCAAAAAAGGCACAUUAUAGCGGUAUUUCAGCUCCUGUGUAACAGUCUUGACCUGAACCCAAGUAUAGUGUUUUUACGCUGCGCCCUGCGCUCUUCCGGACGUCAGGCGACAUGUUCCAUCUUCGAAACAGUGGUGAAACAGCGUGCAGCCUUGGUGCAGCCCUCCAACGAUCGGUGAAACAUUUUUUUCAGUCGGAGUUGUGAUUUUUAAUGACUGGAUCAGUCUUCUAUUCAAAUUCGACAAUCCGGAGAUGGUGCGACCAUCUGUUCGACGAAUAUUGCCGACACGGAUGCAUUUCGUUUUGCACACGGACCGUUGGAAAGAUAUGUAGGAAGACGGUUAGAAAUACAUGUAAGAAUGGUCGUCUGAAACUAGGAUCCAGAUUCGACUGAAUGUCAGGAUCCGUUUCCGUUUCUGUCCUCCCAAGGUCUCUCUCACCUCUUCCCACCACUCUUAUCACAUACCUAUCGUCCUUCCGGUGCUGGAUUUAUCAGCAGUGCAUGUCUCACAUCAGUGAUUCAGGAAUCGUGUCUCAGGAUUCCUUCGCCACAUCACAUUCGCGGAACGUUAUCAUGUGAUAUCGGCGACGACACUUUUGUCGCUUGAUGAGUGGAUCAGCUACAGUUCUUGUCCUUGGAGUACUGGCUUUUGGCUGCUAACACUUUGUUUUACGUCUUUCUCCUGAAUUGUAUCAAACUUUUUGACUAUUUUCUCGGUUGACGUAUGCUUGAUAAAAUAUUUUGACAUUGUAUUGUUAAAAAUAUGCCAUUGGCGGUUGCACUCCAGUCUCCAUAAUCACUGCAUUGGGUCAGGUCAAUGCAGUUUGCAUCAUUGAAAAUCGUAGACGUUGCAGGUGUUGGAAUCGCAAGUGUUUGGUACUAGCUCGGUGUUUUCGACAAAAUCCGGCUACUCGAGCGGAGCGGGUGUUAUCGGUUCUGGGAGGCUCCCACGCCGCUCGGCAACCGCCAGUCACCGGGGCACAGUGUCGGCGCGGCUGAUAGCCGGGCGUGCUCAGCUGGUGAGACGCCGCCAGCCGCUCAGGUGGGCCGGACGCGCCUAGGGCGGAGGGAGUGUCGAUAGCAUACAGCGGCAGUUACAGGGACGCAGUGCGGACGGUCGGCGGUGACGGCAGCUGGAGGAGGAGUGUCGGCGGUCUGCUGAGUGGAGUGGGGUCUCUGCCCGGGUCCGAGCGGACGAUGAAGGCAGCUCGCGCGUCCAGGCGGCCGGCGCGGCCGCGCAGCACCUCCGACCCCGGUGACGUGGCCUCCGUGCUCCGCUGGAGAGACGCCGUGCCGAAGCUGGUGCCGAAGAUAUUCCGCAGCACCUCCACGAUGGCCGACGACGAGCUGCCGCCGGCGCCGCCCGUCCGCAUGGCCAGCGUGCGGUUCGGAGGCGAGGCCGGCGGACUGCCGCUGCCCCCGCUGCCGCGCGAGCCGGACGCCGAGCGGCGGCGGCGCGCUCGGCUGGCCAAGCCGACCAAACGGCACACGGACAAACCGGAGAUCUCGUACCCGACCAACUUUGAGCACGCCGUGCACGUGGGCUUCGACCCGGCGACGGGUGAGUUCAGCGGUAUGCCGCCGCAGUGGGUGUCCCUGCUGGCCUCCGCCAACAUCUCCAUCCAGGAGCAGCGCCAGCACCCGGACGAGCUCAUCAACGUGCUUAACUAUUACGACGCCAGUAACAAGGACGGCGACCAGACCAAGUUCAUGGUGCCUACCACGGAGCACAACCCGCUGUGGGAGCAGGAGCGCGACCCGCCGCGUGCCAGUCUGGCCGUCGGGCCGGCGGAUGCGCGGGCCGAUGGCGCCCGCUCCGGCUCGGACCACUCCGGCUCGACCAGCACUCCGGACACCGCCGACCCGGACCCGGAGUCGGAGCGCGACAAGUUCCCGGAGGAGCCGGAGCCGGAGGAGGAGGAGCCGGCGCCCCCGCCUCCUCCGGUAGCCGUCCGCCCGGAGAGGACCAAGUCGGUGUACACGCAGCCGCUGGCUCCCGAGGAGCCGGCGGCGGCGGCCGGCUCGCCAGUCACCAACGGAAAGCCGGCAGCUCCGGCCAAGGGCGCGGCGCCGACUCCGGCGGCGCGCGACACGCCGCGGAGGCCCAAGCUGAGCGACGAGGAGAUCCUGGCGCGUCUGCGGAGCAUCGUCACCAUCGGCGACCCGCUGCGCCGCUACACCAAGAUGGAGAAGAUCGGGCAGGGCGCGUCCGGUGUGGUGCACACAGCCGUCGAGACGGCCACCGGCUGCGAGGUGGCUAUCAAACAGAUGAACCUCUCCCAGCAGCCCAAGAAGGAGCUCAUCAUCAACGAGAUCGUCGUCAUGCGCGAGAACAAACACCCGAACGUGGUGAACUACGUGGACAGUUACUUGGUGGGCGAGGAGCUGUGGGUGGUGAUGGAGUACCUGCCGGGCGGUUCGCUGACGGAUGUGGUGACUGAAACCUGCAUGGACGAGGGCCACAUCGCGGCCGUGUGCCGCGAGGUGCUGCAGGCUCUGCAGUUCCUGCACAUGAACCACGUGAUCCACCGGGACAUCAAGUCGGACAACAUUCUGCUGGGCACGGACGGCGCCGUCAAGAUCACCGACUUCGGAUUCUGCGCGCAGAUCUCGCCGGAGCAGAGCAAGCGGACCACGAUGGUGGGCACGCCCUACUGGAUGGCUCCGGAGGUGGUCACACGCAAACAGUACGGACCCAAGGUCGACGUCUGGUCGCUAGGCAUCAUGGCCAUCGAGAUGCUGGAGGGCGAGCCGCCCUACCUCAACGAGAACCCGCUGAAGGCGCUCUACCUAAUCGCCACCAACGGCCGGCCCGAGAUCAAGGACCGCGACAAGCUGUCGCCGCAGUUCCAGGAGUUCCUCGACCUGUGCCUGGAGGUAGACGUGGAGCGGCGCCCGUCGGCGGCCGAGCUGCUGCGCCAUCCGUUCCUGAAGGCCAGUCGGCCCCUGACCAGUCUCUGCCCGCUCAUCGAGGCCGCCAAAGACGCCGUGCGAGAGCAAAACAGUGCCUUGAAGCUGGCCAAGGCGGUCUAGGAGACUGCGGCGUGGUGGAUCCAAUGGGAGAGUCGCCGCUGAUCGAGAUAAACGAGUUAGAAACAGGCGACGCACGCCACAGUCGGAGUCUCGAGUAACGAGGGGCGCCCACACUCCAAGGUCAUUGGCGGUGGCUCGUGGGGGUACGCCAAAGUCCGUCAUUCAUUACACACACUCAGCCAAUUAUGUGCCAGAAAAUGCAACGCGUCUUAGAGAUGUCGCCCAGCGUACGAAGCUGGCCAGCAGGCUGUGGCAGGCUCCGGUACGCCACGAGCGGUGCACGGAUUAACGAGCUUGCGUCGCCUUUAGUUGGUAGGUGGCGCCACUGCCAUGCUUGGUCCACUCGUGCAGAGUCGGAUCAGCUUCCGAGCGUGCUUCGGCGCACGGUCCGCAUAGUUAAUGACGAGCCAAUGGCGAUUAGAUCCGUGCUAUCAUGCUCAUUAGUCAAUUGCUGUGAAUUUUUGUAGGGCGUCUGUUGUAAUAUUGGCAGCUGAUCGUUUUAUGCAGUCGGUUUGUUUGUCAGUUCUAUUGAAAUCCGUCCCACAGAAGCGUUUACCAUGGUUCAUCGCCUAGUGUUAUUUGCUAUGGCCGCUGUAGGACCUAUGGGACUUGAUGGUAUGCUCUUGAUUAAGCUUUUGUUAUUUAUUAUCGGCUGUGCAAGUUUCAGCUAUAUUCCUUAUUCAUGUGACGUGCGUAUUUAAAACCAUUUAAUAUAUUGACAUUCCGAU